AUGCGUACAGAUAUAGCCACAGCCACCACCAUUGGUGGAGCCUCACCUGAUCGGAGCAGACACGUGGCAGUCUUUGCCUUCCCUUACGGCACUCACGCUGCUCCUCUUCUUAACCUUGUCAUCGCUGCUCCUCACGUGAGCUUCUCCAUUUUCACCACCCUACAGAGCAAGCAUUCCUUCUUAUCUUUUAAACUCAACAACACCCUCCCUGAAGUUUUACACUGUCUCCGACAGAAUCCCCGACGGUCUCAACCUCACCAACUACCACCCAUCCAAAGGCUGAACUUCUUUCUCAAAGUUGGUCCUCAGAACCUAAAACAGGGCUUAAGUAUGGUGGUUUCAGAGAGGAAUUUGAGAGUGAUGUGUGUGAUUUCUGAUGCUUUUGUGACUUUGUCUCUUGUUCUUGCUCAAGAGUAUGGUGUGCCUUGGAUUGCUCUCUGGAAUUCGCAUACUUGUUCUCUCUCUGCUCACUUCUACACACAAUUGAUCUGUGAAAAGCAUCGCGUUGGCAGUGGUGAUGAAGAUGGAAGCUUGGCUUUCAUCAAUCCUAGCUUUUCAAAGAUGCGAAUCCAGGAUUUACCAGAAACCAUUAUACACACUUUCAUUAUUUUUGUCUUCAAUUUUGGAAAAUAA